AAAAUUACUGGUAUCUUUCCGUAUGUUUGCUAUACGUAAACUGCUUCUGUUUGCGACAACGUCGGUCGAGAAAUAGGUAAAGACUCGCAAAUGUUUACCUAGAUAUUCAUUUGCAAGAAAAGUACGUUGACAUGAGUUGCUCUCAAAAUAAAUGUCGUAAAUCUGUCUUGCAACUAACAUUCAUAAAAUUCCAAUUAACCUGCCAACGACCGAAAAAGAUAUGAACAUAACAGAUUUAUGUACGUACAUAUAUCUAUAUGUAUAUCGAUUGUGUCCAUCUUAUUCAGAUAAAAAACGGGAUCAAGAAUACACCUAUAUUAAUUAAAAAUUAGAAUUUUGAAUGAUACUCGAUUGAAGGCUGAGUGAACAUUUAUAUAUUAGUAUAUUGGUGAAUAAAGUGAGUAAAGUGAAUAAAGUGAAUAAAAGUGAAUAACGUGAUUAAAAUGAAUAAAGAUCCAUUUUUAAGAUACACGCAGAGAAUCGGGGAUAUCGCAUAGAAAUCUGUGGAACUAUAUGAAAAAUUGCAUACAACGUGAAAAUUUGGUGUCGGACGCUUGAUUGCAACAGUCGCGGUGUUGUAACAAAGGAUCCUUUAUUCUCCUAAAUGACGUAAAUAGAAUUGUACGAUGCAAAGUGAUAGACAUAUUGCAUUCGUUGCGUUCCUAUGCUAUUUAAUUGAGUUGUGGUUCCGCUGCGACGCUGUUUCGUACGCGCAAUCGAUAAGUGGUAAUUUCAUACGAAAAUUGAUACGUAAUCGUGGACACGUGCUCCAUUACAGUUUGAAUCAAUGAUAAUUUUACAAUUAACACCUCACUAGCAAUUUUCCAAUAAAAGUCGCAAUCACAUUUGUUCUGUCAAGUCUCUUGAAAUGUUAACCUUCUAAGUGGCGAAGCAAUUUUCUCACAUGAUAUAUCGGUUCUUCUAUCAACACGUUACAUAUAAAUAAAGAUAAAGGAUAUAUAUAAUAUAAAACACACGAAGUUGAUGAAGGAAGAUUACAUUAACGUAGGAAGAUGAAUUUUGUCUUUUUUUAUUUUUAAAUAGUCGUCCAAUUUCGUAGAAAGCAAAUUCGCUAGAAUAGCGAAUUCUACGUAAGUAUGUGAGUGCUAAGUACAACAAAAGAUGUAUAAUGUGAACUAGUGACAACUUAAAAUCGGAAUAUCCUUCUGUACAACAAUUUACCAAUUAAGCUCGUCGAAAGCUAAAUUGAUUCUCUCAAUUUCAUUACACAAGUACGUGAUUAAUAUUCAAUUUUCAAGAAACAAAUUAUUCAUUUCCAUAGGUUCAUUCAUUCAUACGAGAAGAUAACAUAAAAAAUGGUAAAUCUCAAUUUACAAAUUCGAUACUUAAUAAUAUUAGUAAAUUAUUAAGGGACUUCUGUCGCACAAACAAUUUUUAUCAUUUCACAAUAUUAAUUCUAAUCAGUAAAAUUUCUUUACGGAACUUUCUUUGUCUUAUAUUCAAUUUUAUUUAUUGUUGCACAGAAAAAUGUAUUAAAUUUGUUACAAUUUUCUGUUGAAAAUGACAACGUGAGUUCGUUCUCGCCAUCCAUUAGUCGAUGCGUUAGUUAUAAGAAAUAGUAACUAGAGGAUGAUCCUAGUUACAAUCGAUAGAUUUAAUCGAUAGGCUUAAGAUGCCUUUUUAUUUUUAUCCCUAGUUUUUGUAAGCGCGUGCAAUAAAGGUUUUUUUGGCUCAGAACGGUGUGAUAGAUUUAUCCAUUCAAUAAAAUAAUAACUAUUCUGAUCUUACCUCUGAGUAUAGAAAUAACAACAUUUUCAAACGUAGAAUCAUACGUCAAAUUUUGCGAAAUAUGAAAUAACGGUAAUUAACGGUAACUACAAAAUAGGAUUGAAACGUUUAUUUAUAAUACCUUAUAAUGUUUAAACGUUGACUGCACUGUUUUAGUUUAUAACACAGUCUGUGUGCAUGUUACAUUAAAUGAGAGUUCGUAAAAGAGAAACGUAUCCAAACGAGGUUUUCAUAACCUGUUAACACAACACAUAAACACACAAAUAAUAAGAUCUGUUUGAGAUGAAAAGUUGAAACUAAUACAGUCGAGUACUAUUUGUUUACAAUGUUCCGUCCGGAACACUGAAACGAACAUAUAAUAGAAAUUGUUCAGAGUGGAUCGUAUAAAUAUCACCAAUGCAUUUUCUGAUAUUCUAAUAAUUCUGAUAAUUAUUUAUUGAAUACACAUCGGUUCGUGUCAAAGACGAAGAAUUAUCGGAGAUAACUACGACCAUACACAGAUAUAUUCAAUAUUUACUUACAGCGAUAAAACCGUACAAUGAGAAGCGAUAAAUUAUUCCAGUCCGUAGCAUAAAACGCUUCGCUCACUUUCAUCGACUAAAUACAGGAAAAUCUAUCUGGUUGAAGACACUUGUACACAACUGCGAAUGAUAGAUACUUCGUUUGACAACUGUUCUCCCAUGAAAGAGUAUAGAUAUAACAUCGAUAUAAUUAUCGAAAUGUAUAAACCGCAAUGAGAUAAACACGAUAUACAGAAUUUUUCUAAAUACUCUGAGAUGACCAAAAACGGUUGCGCUUGCGAAAAUGGAUAAAAGUGAGAGGAAAGAAGUGAAUAAUCCGCGCCAAAAUGCCAAUCCAUUGUCCAUUCUUACAUUUUGGUGGAUCCUCAAGCUGUUCGUUGUCGGUUAUAAAAAAGAAUUGGAGGAGGAUGAUCUGUAUUCGCCAUUGCGGGAAGACAAGAGCAGCUAUUUGGGUCAGCGUAUCGUAAAAAAUUGGGAGCGGGAGGUGAAAAUAUGUGAGAAGAAAAAAGACAAUUCGAAGCCAAGUUUAAUUAGGGUACUGUUCAAAUGCUUCGGUAAAAUACUCAUUAACGGUGGACUAGGGCUAUUUGUUCUAGAAUUUGGCAUACGGAUCGUGCAGCCGUUUCUACUCGCCAGGAUAUUACGUUAUUUCUCAGGGAACAGACAAGACUGGAGUACUGGUAUACAUUAUUAUGCCGCGGCUUUUUGUGUCGUGCCUUUACUAGAUGCUGUGAUUAUUCAUUGGGCCAUACAAACAUUUACACACCUAGGAAUGAAAGUUAGAGUGGCUUGUUGUACUUUAAUUUACAGGAAGAUACUUAGAUUGUCUAACUCUGUUCUUGAAAAUGAAACAUCUGUCGGGCAGAUGAUCAAUUUCUUAAGCAACGACGUCAAUAGGCUCGAUUACUUUGUCAUUGCUAUUCAUUACUUAUGGAUUGGUCCACUUCAAGUUUUUGUAAUAGCGUAUCUUACAUUUCGUGAAAUUGGAUUGGGUGCAAUCACAGGAAUGAUAGCGUUUUUAUUAUGUAUACCAUUGCAGAUAUUUCUUGGAAGGAAAGUGUCGCGUUUGACUUCCGUGUCAGCUAAAAAAACUGACAAUAGGCUAAGAUUGAUGAAUCAAAUAAUUAAUGGAGUAGAAGUAAUUAAAAUGUAUGUUUGGGAAGUACCAUACUCGCUUCUUGUCGAAAAAGCUAGACGGAAAGAAGUGGACGUGAUAAAGAAGUAUUCGAUCGUAGAACAAAUUGGUUUAACGCUUGAUAUGUACUUUCCUCGAGUCGGAUUAUUUAUUGCCAUAUUAACUUAUGUUUUAACUGGGAAUAAUGUGGAUGCUGAAAAAGUAUUUAUGACUACAGCAUUUUACACUAUUCUACGAGAUUCUAUGACUACCGGUUUUGCUAUAAGUGUUCAUCAAUUAGCGGAAGCAUUGGUGUCUAUCAGACGACUCGAGAAAUUCAUGACGUAUCCUGAAAUCUCUGUGCCACAGAAAGUUCAGAAUCAAGUAGCUACACAAUCCGUUCCUAUUUACUUAAAAAAUGUCACUGCCAGAUGGGAUAACUCUCGAGACAAUGACACAUUGCAAAACAUCCAUCUAACAGUACAAGCUGGUAGCUUCAUAGCAGUGAUCGGACAGAUAGGCUCAGGAAAGAGCAGUUUGUUGCAAGUAAUACUUCGUGAAUUAUCAUUGACAGAAGGAGUGCUAGAAACUAGCGGGAAAAUAAGUUUCGCCGAUCAACGACCAUGGAUCUUCGCUUCCUCUAUCAGACAGAAUAUUCUCUUUGGACAGUCGAUGAAUGAAGCUCGUUACAACGAAGUGAUUCGUGUGUGUCAAUUGACACGCGAUAUAGAUCUAUUUACGCAUAAAGACAGAACCAUGGCCGGGGAAAGGGGAAUCAAUUUAAGCGGCGGUCAACGAGCUCGAAUUAAUUUAGCGCGAGCGUUAUACACUGACGCCGAUAUUUAUCUUCUGGACGAUCCUUUAUCGGCAGUCGAUACGCAUGUCGGUAGUCGCAUUGUGGAUGAAUGUAUACAUGGUUUUCUCAAAGGCAAAACUAUAAUCCUAGUCACUCACCAGAUACAAUACUUGAAAGCCGCUGAUCAGAUAAUCGUAAUGAACAAUGGUAGCAUUCAAGCGAAAGGGAGCUUCGAGGAGUUGCAAAGUAUGAAUUUAGAUUCCAUGAAGGUCUUCGAAGAGAUUGAGGAUAAAGAAGAAUUUGGCGAAGCUGAAACCAAAAUAGAGAAGAAGCGAACGAUGGGAGAAACGAAAAAAGAAGACGCAGUCGCGGAACAAGAACCUGUCGAGGUGGCGGAAACCAGGUCGAAGGGCAAAAUGUCUAGCAAUGUUUUCUUUUCCUACUGGAAAGCAAGUAGAAAUAUAUUUCUGGUUCUUCUGAUGACGAUUAUGUUUAUAUCGAGCCAAUCGAUAGCCAGUGGCAGCGACUAUCUGGUCGCAUUUUGGGUAAACACGGAGAUGGCAUCGUGGGUUAGAAGCGAUAAUGGCACGAUGGAUUUUCAAUGGUCCGGACCAUUGUCUCGCAAUGAAAUUAUUUAUAUUUAUAGCGGUCUAACUAUGGGCAUUGCUUGUAUCUACGUCGUACAGACGUUUACAUAUUAUGUAGUUUGCAUGCGCGCCUCGAAAAAUCUACACGCACAGAUGUUCCGUAGUAUCGUACGUGCUGUGAUGUACUUUUACAACACGAAUCCCGCUGGUCGAAUAUUAAACAGGUUUUCUAAAGACAUUGGUAUUAUCGAUAAGAAAAUGCCUUUUACCAUGUUCGAUGUUAUCAUAAUGUUUCUAAAUUUUAUGGGGACCAUAGUGAUCCUUGGUACAGUGAGCGUGUGGUUGUUGAUACCGACUUGCGUUAUUAUAGUUCUUUUUUACUAUAUGCGAGUCGUAUACAUUUCAACUAGUCGCGCUGUUAAACGAAUGGAGGGUACAACCCGUUCACCAGUAUUCGAUCAUGUGGGUGCCACUUUGCAAGGCUUAACGACAAUCAGAGCAUUCAAAGCUGAAAAGAUAGUAACCACGGAGUUUGACAAUCAUCAGGAUUUUCACACAUCAACGUGGUUUAUAUUCAUCUCUCUUUCACGAGCUUUCGGUCUUUAUAUCGAGGCAUUUUGUUUGAUUUACAUAGCGGUGAUCACCAUCAUGUUUUUCGUAUUCGAAGAUCUCGCUAUUGCCGGGGAUAUCGGUUUAGUAAUCACGCAGGUUAGCGCAGUCGUUGGAAUUUUACAGUGGGGUAUAAGACAAACCGGUGAACUGGAGAAUCAAAUGACUUCUGUCGAAAGAGUGUUGGAAUACAGUAAGCUGGAAGAAGAGCCAUUCUUGGAUAGUAUACCGGAAAAGAAACCGCCGGAAGAAUGGCCCACGAAAGGUCUGGUCGAAUUCAGAGGCGUGAGAUUAAAAUACGGCCCUAAAAGUACUUAUGUUUUAAAUGGUAUCAAUUUCGUGAUCAAACCUAAAGAAAAAGUGGGAGUUGUUGGAAGAACCGGUGCUGGCAAAACAUCCUUAAUCAGCGCUCUUUUUCGGUUAGCAUACAUAGAGGGAGAAAUAAUUAUAGAUGGUAUACCUACGAAUGAAAUUGCAUUGCAUGACUUUCGUUCGAAAAUCAGUAUUAUACCUCAGGAACCAGUUCUAUUCGGAGGUAGUCUUCGACGAAAUCUAGAUCCUUUCGACGAAUAUUCUGAUAACGUUUUAUGGGAGGCUUUAGGGGAAGUAGAAAUAAGAGAAACGAUCUCAGAGAUGGCGGCAGGUUUGAACAGUAAAGUAUCGGAAGAGGGUUCAAAUUUCAGCGUUGGACAACGUCAAUUAUUAUGCCUUGUUCGAGCACUCAUUCGAAAUAAUAAAAUUAUGGUUCUCGAUGAAGCUACUGCUAACGUUGAUCCACAGACUGAUUCCCUGAUUCAACAGACGGUCAGAAAGAAAUUUGUGGAUUGCACUGUCAUUACUAUAGCGCACAGGUUAAAUACCAUAAUGGAUAGCGAUAAGAUACUUGUGAUGGAUCAGGGUUGUCUAGUAGAAUAUGAUCAUCCGUAUGUUUUACUGCAAAAGAAAGGAUAUUUUUACAAUAUGGUGCAACAAACAGGUGCUGCAAUGGCGAACAGUCUGUCAGAAGUGGCAAAGAACUGUUUUUAUAAGAACAACGAAGCGGUGUCCUGAUGAUGACCAGACUUUAGUAACUUUCGAAUGAUAUACUACAUAUUUAAGCGAAAUUUUUUCGUACGUCCAACUUAUAUUUUCGAACCAAAGUAAUAGUUUUUGCUAAGUGUAACGAUGCAAAUUUUGAAAGUACGGUGCUUACACAGGUAUUAUGUACCGACUAUUUAGCCAAUUACAGUUUGACGAUCUUUUUGUAACAAAAGUAUAAUAUCAAUAAAAUUUUGCAACAAUAA